AUGCAGCUGGGAGCGGGCGCGCUGCUGUGGGCGGCGAGCGCCGGCGGCGGCGGCGGCCACCACGCGGCAGCGGCAGCAGGCGGUCUACGGCAGCUUGCGCGGCACUUCCACGCCUCCCUGGGCCUCCCCGCCGCCGCCGAGGGUGCCUCCCCGGCCAUGAACCCACUGCAGCAGGCGCCCACGCCCGCGGGCGGCGCCGCCGCCGCCGCCGCGGGGGCCUCCCCGCUGGGCCCCGCCCCCGUCUCGCUGGCGGGCGGCGAGGUGUCCACCCUGGCGCGGGCCAUCGCCCGCGGCAUCUCCAUCAGCCCCCACAAGCUCAACGACUUUGCCAAGGUGGUGCGGGGGCUGCCCAUUCAAGACGCGCUCAUCCAGUGCCGCAUGAGCCCCAAGAAGUCGGCCAAGCUUGUGGAGAAGGCGUUGCUGUCGGCGCAGGCCAACGCGGUCAACAAUCAGGGGCUGGAGGCGGAGCGGCUGCGCGUGGCCGAGGCGUGGGUGGGCAAGGGGCAGAACCUGAAGCGCACGUCCAUGCACGGCCGUGGCCGUUCGGGCAAGCGGCUGAAGUAUCGCAGCCACCUGACGGUGUUGCUGCGCGAGGAGGAGGAGGAGCCGCGGCGGCGCACCCGCAUCGUGCCAAUGAUGGCGGAGCGGCACAAGCUCUGGCGCAUGCGCGAGGCGCAGGGGGUGCCGCAGCCGUAG